AUGCAGAGAGACUUGCUGCAGCGACAAACUGCGAAAGCUGGGGCACAGGUUGUACCUAGGUCAUACAGCCCAGAACUGUGCUCCUUUGCCUUAACACUGCAUUUUUAUUCCCACGGGGUGUAUAAUUAUGUUAGGUGCUGUUUUAAUACAUGUUUGCCACACCCCAGAACAUUAACAAAGUGGUACCAGUGUGUGGGUGGAGCACCUGGCUUCACAUCCGAGGCGUUUAAGGUAAUUACGGCAGAAGCUUGUCACCGUGAAACAAAGUUUCCAACUCUAUGUAGCUUGGUAGUUGAUGAAAUUGCCAUCAGGCAACAUGUAGAAUUUGAUGGUGCAUGCUAUUACGGUUAUGUUGACAUGGGGUCAUCUGUAGACACAGAUAAUUUGCCCAUUGCCAAAGAAGCAUUUGUGCUCAUGCUUGUGGCUAUUAAUGCUUCUUGGAAGCUCCCAGUUGGGUAUUUCCUGACUGCUGGUAUAACUGGUGAGCAAAAAGCCGAGAUAGUUAAAGAGUGCAUUGAGCUUGCCAAUUCAAGUGGUGUGAAAGUUGUUUCGCUCACAUGUGAUGGUUCAGCUAGCAAUUUGUCAAUGGCUAGAUGUUUAGGCUGCAAUCUCAAUUGUGAAACUUUGAAAAGUACUUUUUCAGUUGAAGGGAAUGAUCAUGAAAUGUCAUUUUUCCUAGACCCUCCACAUAUGUUGAAAUUUGUGUGCAACGAUUUAGGAGAUACAAAAAUUUCUUUGGGAUGA